AAAAAGAAAUUUUAUCAGAUAAACCCCUAAUCCCCCCACACAAAAGGAAUACUCCCAAACCCAUCAAAAUUCUCAUUCAAAGUCCCUUCACAUUGUACUUUUUAACCUUCAAAUUUCAUCUAGGCAGUUAUAAAGAUUCCAAGAUUGAGGGUAAAACAUGGAUUUAAUAUGUGGGUAUUGAUUAUUUUCUCUUAAUUUGAUGUGUAGAUUCAUAAAGUAGCUGCCUUUUUACUGUUUUAUGAGGUUAAAAGAUGUGGGGUUAUGGUAUACAUGUUCUUAAUGACCACUUCAAUGGUUUCUUGUAAUAAUAAUUUCUUGUUUUCUGAUCAAAGAUUAAGUAGUUGUUGUAAUAAACAUUUGUGUUUAGAUAGUGUAGUUUAUUUAAGUAGUGGUAGAAGAGGGGUUAGACGAUUAGUCCCUAAUGCGAAGAGGAAGAAGCAUAAUCGAAAAAGGAGUUGGUGGAAAAAGUUCUUUUUUGAUGAAGAUGGGAAUUGGUUUGGUUUAAAAGAUGAUGAUAUGCUUGAUGCAGAGGAGGAAUCAGGAAAGAAUUCGAGUGAUGAUGAAGGGUUAUCUGAGAAUGAGAAGUUUGAGGCAUGGAAAAGGAGGGCCGAGGCGAUUGUGGAAUUGAGGGAAGCGCAAGAAAACGUGCAAAAUGAAGAGGAAAAACGGUGGGAGGAUUGGAUUCUUGAUGGGACAAAUGGUAGGAGGAGUAGUAGUAAUGGUUCAUCAUGGUACCAAGAGGUUCGUGAUGAUGUUCAAGAUGAUUUAAGUGAUCUUAUACCGGGAAAAGGUUUGGUUGAAUCGGUGAGAGAUACGGUGUUUGGGAGAGACGAUGAUGAAAUAUUGUAUGAAGAUCGUGUCUUUCGAUAUGCCUCCUUCAAUUCGGUAAAUUUUUUGGCAGUGUUGAUAAUUGUACCAUGGGCUUUGGAUUUUUUGGUUCAUGACUAUGUUCUUAUGCCUUUUCUCGAUAGGUAUGUGAAGACUGUGCCACUUGCAGCAGAGAUUCUUGAUGUAAGAAAGCAUCAAAAGCUUGAGAUGGUAAAGGAAUUAAAAAAUGAAAAAGAAAGAUUUAAAUUUGAGGUAGAGAUUGGGAAAUCUCCACCGAUAUCUGAAGAAGAGCUUUAUCUAGAGUUACGACAUAAAGCGUUAGAAUUGAGAGAUGAAUGGAGAUUAAUAAACCGUAGUGCAUUUGCUAAUAUAUGGUCCGAUAUGGUAUUCGGAAUCUCUUUAUUUGCUAUUUUGUACUUCAAUCAGAAUCAGGUAGCUUUGCUGAAAUUUACAGGGUAUAAGAUAUUAAACAAUGUUACAGACACCGGGAAGGCAUUCUUAAUCAUUCUUAUUACAGAUAUUUUUCUUGGGUAUCAUUCGGAAUCGGGUUGGCAGACUUUACUAGAAAUAAUUGUGGAACAUUAUGGUUUUGAUGUUGAUCAGUCUGCCAUUAUUAUUUUUGUCUGCUUGAUUCCAGUGAUCAUCGAUGCAUGUGUGAAGCUUUGGAUGUUCAAAUAUCUCCCAAGAUUAUCGCCCAAGGUAUCGAAUAUUUUCCAGGAAAUGAAGAGGCAUUAGAGACAUUUUUCUGGGCUUCAAGAAUCAAGCUCUUGAUUUAAUUUCCCAUUUUAUAUAGGGUUACAACAUUGAAACACAUGUAUACUUGAUUUUGGUUUUGUCAUUUGUUUGUGAUUUAUUUGGAUUUCUACAGCAUGAGCCACAUACAUCUUCAUUAUCAUUUGUUGUGGCUACAAAAUAAAUGAAAUAUUCCAACACUUCUUGUUAUUCUUA